CGGACGCCAAGCCACGUCAUUCUUCUAUCCCUCCUUGGAAGCUCUCCAACCAUUGCGCGUAACCAAAGUUCAAACGCGGCACCUGAGGCCCUAACAAAGCCCUACCCGCCGCCGCGUCCUUUUGUCUCCGCUUAAACAGUCUGGCGCGCCACUCGCAAGGCGAAAGCCCAGCAUGUGGAAUCAAUAACACUCCCAGCGCCUCCGUUCGAGUGCCUGGUCGUCCUGUUGGACAGCCAGCCGGCGUGGUCUCGACCCCAUAAAACAUGUAGAAGCGUCAGCCAAGUCGUCUUACGCGGGGGAGGCAUGCCUGGUUGGGUGUAGGCGAUCGCCCCUCCCCCGAUCGCUGCGACUCAGCCGGCGGCUGUUAUUCGUGGAAGCCAUAUACUGACCAUAUACGUACCCUGGCAGUGGUGGCGGUCGAGACUCGUUUGGGGGACGUGGAGCUCGUGUGUGGGGCGCGCGAAGGGGGUUGAAACGCGCGGUUGUCCAAUCGAUCCUGCGUCCUGAAGGACCCCGAGACGAUCAGUCGAGUGUACGUUGCUCCCUGAAAAGAACGUUUGGGCGAGUUUCGGGACAGGGUGACUUUCUGGAAUACUUUCAAAGCCAUGCGUUGGGAGUGUGUUGGAGUCGUACCGCAACGCGUGGAAGGGUUGUACCUCCGUCUCAGGAGGGUCUCGAUUUGCUCGAUGCGGCGUCGAGGGAACGCGAUGGGAGGAUUCUACUGGGGCUCGGCACUGCUUCUCUACCCUCGUUCGUUGAUACUUACUCAAGUUGCCGCAAUGGCUGUCUGGUACCAACCCGUGCCUAGAUCUUUGCGCCGUCUCCAGGUACUAGCUGAAUCGUUCUGUCCUUUGGUCUUCAUGUGGGGUCUAAAGUAUUUGGUCUCUCUCUUUCCCACCUUCGUUUGUCUCUUUCGUUCCUGUCCUUCAUCCCUCUCUCAACUCGCCUUCUCUGGAGCGGGCUCCCAUCUUUUUUUACCCCCUUUCCCACGGUCUUCCCUUGUGGACUUGCAUAGACCUCGUUCGUUUCGUUGUAUAAAUUUUUGGUUGUUUUUUGUAUUCAUUCUUAGCCACCUGGUGUGGUCUUUUUGUUCAUUCUCUCCAACGGUUAGCUGCGUCUAGCCAUUCAACCGCCACCAUGCAUUCAAAACUCUACAGCCUCAUCCUUGUCACCGUCUUUGCCGCCUUCGUUUUAGCCAUCCCGACGCCCUCAACAUCACGAAUCCAAAAGCGUUCGUUCAAGGUUCACCGGAAACGAAACCCGGACUUCAAGGGAUAUGAUGGACCAACCCAGCUCAUGAAGGCCUAUCAAAAAUUCGGCAUGACUGUCCCCGAGGGACUGCACCUGUCCGUAGGGAGCCGUCAUAGGAAUGGCAAGAACCGUGGCGCUGGGAGAGGGAAUGGCACCGCAACUGGAGCUGCCGCAGGGGCUGCAGCUGGCACCGCGGCUGGAAAUAGCACUGCAGCUGCUAAUGGAACUGUACAAGCCGUUGCCCCCCAGGUAAGCGGCGUCGGCAGUGUCACCGCCACACCUGUCGAGCCCAAUGACCUCGAGUACAUAGCACCUGUUACCAUUGGUGGACAGUUAAUCGAUAUGAACUUCGACACCGGCUCCUCGGAUCUAUGGGUGUUCAACACGCAGCUAAGCGCACAGAGCAGCGCAGGCCACACUCUCUACGACCCCACCAAGUCCCCAGACUUCAAGCUCAUCCAAGGAGCCACAUUCGAUAUCUCCUACGGUGACGGUUCUGGUGCUGCCGGCAACGUUGGCACCGACACUGUCGACAUUGGCGGAGCAACCGUGACCGGCCAGGCUAUUGAGAUGGCCACCGAUGUCUCCGACUCCUUCAUUCAGGACACCAACUCCAACGGGCUCGUCGGCCUCGGUUUCUCCAAAAUUAACACCGUAAAGCCGCAAAAGCAGAAGACCUUCUUCGACAACGCCAUGGCUACCCUCGCGGAGCCGAUCUUCACUGCCGACCUCCGCCAGGACGCCGUUGGCGCUUACGAGUUCGGCAAGAUCGACACCGCGCGCUUCACCGGCGACCUGACCUGGGCGCCUAUCGACUCCUCGAACGGCUUCUGGGAGUUCACGUCGACGAAGUUCAGUGUUGGGAAUGGGAAGGUACUUAACGCUAUUGGGGGAACUGCGAUUGCGGAUACGGGAACCACGCUGAUGCUCGUCGACGCCGCCAUCGUCAAUGCGUACUACAGCCAGGUCGCCGGCGCCGUGAACAACGCGCAGGUGGGCGGGAUCACAUUCCCGUGUGACUCGGUGCUUCCGGAUCUGAACGUCGAUGUUGGCGGGACGUACACGGCGACCAUCGAGGGCAAGUUCAUCAACUUCGCCCAGGUGAACGCAGAUACUUGCUUUGGCGGUGUUCAGCCCACAACUGGUAAUCUCCAGAUCUACGGAGAUAUCUUCUUCAAGUCGCAGUUCGUCGUCUUCAAUGGCGGGAACAACACCAUCGGCCUCGCGCCGCAUGCUUAGAAUAUAGGGUUUUGAAAAACCCGAUGUUAAGAGGCAGGAAAGAAAUAGUAGGAGUUACAUAGUGGAAAAGGGAAGCGGGAAUGCAUCACAUGGAGCAUGGCAUAGGCUUGGAGUUUUGUGGUUGUGACAUUUGUCUGCACAUAUUACUUGGCGAGGAGUAUGGGAUUAUAAAACCCUCCUUAGCAGUGUUAGAGAGAGGUAGAAAGAGAAAGAGAAUUGAAGAGAUCAAACAAUUUUUUAGAAUCUGUUACUGCAUUUUUGAGCGUGGUGGCGACUUUGUUGGCGAAGGGCGUUGAUUUAGUGGUGGAGGAGUGGGGAGCGAGCGGGCCGUCCCGAGAUGAGGUCUUGGGUUUGUCCCACCUUAUGUUGAGUCUGGAUGCCGCAGAACGGCUGAUCUAUAUAUCAUGAAUCAUAAAAGGCAUAAGUGUGAAGUCUGCCUUUUUUGGAAUAUAGUUUUUCUUUUGGCGCUAGGGUAUUGGACACCUACCACACGGAUGUCAGUUCGAUCGUUUAUAACAAAGCGGAUGUUGCGGAGCGGAAUCUGAAGAAUAAUCCAG